GGGGGGGGCGGGCACGGCCGCCUGACUGACAGCUUGCGCGGCUGUCGCCUCGGAAGGACCCGGCUCUCAGGCCCGCGCAGUGGCCGCAGCGCGGAGCCCGGAGGCAGCCGCUCGCUCCCCGCUCGGACCCGCCGGCCGGUGCCCGCCGCGGUGAGAGAGGCUCCCGCCGGCGCCCGGGAGGGGGAACACGCGUCACUUGUCCGGGCGGCGCGGGGCUCUCCGAGGGCCGGCGGAUGCCUUAGGACCACGAGAGCUGUCCCAGAGGACUCCUGGUGGCCAGCAGCUACCAAGCAGCCCGUGCGCGUGGCCUCCAGCUCCCGCUGACGCGUCUGGGAGUCCCGUCUGCUGGUCUUCCAGCCUGGAAGCCUCCCCGAACCAUGGAGGCCCCGGAAGUCCCCGUGGGCACGCUGAUUGACUUCGGGACUGAGCCGUCUGCCUCCUCGCCCCUGGAGAUGCUGCCUCCAAAGCUGCAGGAUGGGGACAGCUCCCAGGGCGACGGAGCUUCGGAGAGCGAGACCACAGAGUCUGCGGACAGCGAGAAUGACAUGGGCGAGUCGCCGUCCCACACGUCCUGGGACCAGUACCGCCGCUCCUCCUCCAACGAGUCCUUCUCUUCCAACCAGAGCACCGAGUCGACCAAGGACGAGGAGACCUUGGAGCUCCGGGAGUUCAUGCGCGGCUACGUGGAGAAGAUCUUCUCUGGAGGGGAGGACUUGGACCAGGAGGAGAAAGCCAAGUUUGGAGAGUACUGUAGCAGCGAGAACGGAAAAGGACGCGAGUGGUUUGCUCGAUACGUGAGCGCCCAGCGCUGCAACUCCAAGUGUGUCUCGGAGCCGACCUUCUACCGCCUGGUGCAGUCUUUCGCCGUGGUCCUGUUCGAGUGCCAUCAGAUGGACGACUUUGGGCCUGCCAAGAACCUCAUGACCAUGUGCUUCACCUACUACCACAUCGGUAAGCCGCACCUGCUGCCCUCUGAGUCCAAGGAGAAGCCCGCGGGGAGCAUCGACUCCUACCUGAAGUCCGCCAACAGCUGGCUGGCGGAGAAGAAGGACAUCGCUGAGCGGCUGCUAAAGAACACAUCGGCCAAGACAGAGAACGUCAAGGGCUUCUUCGGGGGGCUGGAGACCAAGCUGAAGGGGCCUCUGGCCAGGAAGCAAGAGGAGGAGGAGAACAAGCCCAAGGAGAAGCCGCAGAAGACAGUGACCGCGUGCAGCCCGGAGGAAGAAAGGAAGGGGGAGAAGAUCUACCUGUACACGCACCUGAAGCAGCAGCCCAUCUGGCAUACACUGAGGUUCUGGAAUGCGGCUUUCUUCGAUGCUGUCCACUCUGAGAGGAGAAAGCGGUCGCCCACUACCAGAGGGGAUGCUGGAGAGGAGGAGAAGAAGAGGGAGAAGUGGUGCCACAUGACCCAAGAGGAACGCAACGACAGUCUGCGGUUCAAUGAGAACAUCACCUUCGGGCAGCUGGGCACGUUCACUCACAACAUGCUGGCGUUCGGGCUCAGCAAGAAGCUGUGUAAUGAUUUCCUGAAGAAGCAGGCCGUGAUCGGCAAUCUGGACGAAGAGCAGUACAAGCUGCUGAGCGACCACAUUGAGCAGAUGGCCAUUGAGUAGGAAGGCCAUGGGAGGUCGCCCGGAGCACCCUCCAGGAGGACCGAGGGUGUACACCCCUCUUCUGGACCAGCGACUGGCUGUCACCCUACCUGAUGACCCUGCAUGACCUCGGAAGCACCCAGAGCCACUCCACGCUGCCCUAGAACUAGCGGUUAGAAGAAUCUGGUUGCCCGUCUCCCCACCUCCCUUCUGCCUUGUCUGCUCCCCCCAUCCGCGUGCCAAAGGGUCUCUGGGAUUACACGGCUAAAACCAAGGUGAUUGCCCCUGCUCCUGGGUGUCAGGGCCACGACACAGGACCAAGCAGGAGGAGGAGGAAGGACGCCAGGGCCGAGGUGGGCCCAGGGCAGUGCCUGCUGCAGCCGCCUGCAGGAGAAGGGGGGUGGGAGGUGCACGGGGGAAUGCAGAUGGGGGCAUCAGGAGCUGGCAUGCGCCAGUGACGUGGGCGACAGUCCGGGACCCUCUUGUUCAGCAGCGGGAUGGAGUGGGGGUGCUCCCCCAGUCGGGGCUCCUGCUGAGCCACGGCCUUGCGGAGGGGGCAAUGGGCCUCCCUGGGCAGGCCGGGUCGGUCCAUGGCUCCUGCGGGCUCUGUGCCAGCUGCCCACCGUGUGACAGGAACCGGAGUCCUAGGAACUGCUAAGAGGAAAGAGACACUUGGCUAUUUUAGGGAAGGAGAGAGCAUGGUGCCGAGGACCUCCUUCCCGGCUGCAGAAGGCCCAGCAAGGGGUGUGAGCGUCCUGGAGUCCUCGUGAGAUCUGCGUGGUCGCUUGCGAAUCACACCAGCCCCGGGGCGGGGGCGGUGUCAGGGCACCUGCAAUGCGCUGUCUGCGCAGCUUCCUCAUGAUGCAGACAGAGUUCCCCACGUCCAUCCUGGGGGGAGCGCGGGCCUCCUGCCCCGACAAGAGGCGCCGAUGAGAGAAGUCUCUCCAGUAGCUGCAGAACAACCACCCUUGCUCUUCGGUAUUUCAAGGAAGACGGAAAAAUCUGUGUCCAUGUCACGGACAGCCGGGCAGAGGCGGCUUCUGGGGGCAGUGGCUGGUGUGUGGAGUGGCCAUGAGGCCUGGGGACCCCGCCCCCCAGCAGCCAUGGGAAGGCACCUCUGCCCCUUUGCCCCUCACGGGCUGACCGCUUUCCUGCACACUCGGCAGAUACCCCCUCGUCCCGUUUCUGGUGCCGGGAACGCUGGCUUUUCUCUUGGGGUCUAUGCCAACCCGAGGGGACGGACGUGUGACCGCAAGCAGCCAGCAUGUGGCUCCUCUGGCAUGAAUACUUCCCGUCCAUCCGCUUCCCUCUGCCUCUGCCCCUUGCACUUGGGCACUGACCUUGACAGUAGGCCCGUGGGCGCACUCCUUUCCCCACAUCCCCCUCCUGUUUCCCCUCUCUGCCUCCCCACCCCCCAGUCAUUACAUCACGGUCUGCCCUGGAGAACAGCAAAACCAUGCCUGCUGGCCACUGACCCGGCCAGUGCUGGAACGCUUUCCGUCGUGGGAUGCCUCCCUGGAACAUUCCAGAGACGAGCAGGCAGUGACGGAGCUGUAGCCGCAUGUCUCGGUGAGCACAGGAGAGGCGACGUGAAGCUUGGUGUGAUGGGACUGGGCUGGUGUUCGAAGGCUGGAUCCUGAAACUCCGCUUAUUUUUAUAACGGUAUCGUUUGUGUGAGUGUGUGUGUGUGUGUGUGAGAGAGAGAGAGAGAGAGAGAGGUCAGCCUGUCUGGUGAGGUCACCACACAAUGCACAGCUGUGUUGCUGGGUCAGGUCCCACAGACCGGAGGUCCCUCCACCCCACCCUGGGCCAGUGUUGAGCCCAGGGACCGUGCAUGUCUCUACUGAUGGCAUUUCAGACACAUAAGGUCAAAUUAAGGGGUAUGUAGGCCCCUCCUCCAAUGCUUCUGUCCGAUAAUGCGUCCCCUCCUGAAACACUCAACCGUGACCCCUGAAUCCGUUGUGCUCCCCCCCCCCCC